AUGCAAGAGUCCUUGCGGAAAGCAGCAGUCACAGAUGGCUUCCUCAGUCCUGCAUUCAGGAGGAAGAUAUGGCCUCGCCUGCUGAGAGUCGAGGUGGACGAUUCCUGGACUUCGUCGAGUUUGGUGAAGAGGGAUCAUCGUGAGAAGAAGCAAGUCGAGUUGGACGUAGUUCGCUCGAUGCUCUACACGGACAUGAGGAAGAGGACGAGGGAGCACAGGCUGGCAGAGCUGUCGACAGUCAUCGACACCAUCCUGGCAACCAACCCGGACUUGCACUACUACCAGGGGUUCAACGACGUUUGCUCGGUGGCGAUCCUGGCGAGUCGGAGGAUGCUGAUGGUGACUUUGAAGCGACUGGCUAAGUAUCAUUUCCGCGAGGCCAUGAACAAGAGCAUCAAGCUCGAUCAACGACGAGUCAGACUUGUUCUGACGAUGAUGUGCAGACGGGACCGCAAGCUCUACGAGUGCCUCAGCGAGUGCGAAGUCGACCCGAUCUUCGCUCUCAGCUGGAUCCUGACCUGGUUCGCACAUGACCUCAAGUCCUUGGACAAGAUAGAGCGACUGUACGACUUCUUCUUGGCCAGCCAUCCCCUCAUGUCUCUGUGA